AUGGCGGACCUCGAUCUCAAAGCUGUUCAUGAUGAGAUGAUCUCGGUCGCUUACGAGGCCGGCGCCAUGAUCUUGGCUGCCAACCCUGCCGAGCUCGACACGGACACCAAGCUCAACUCUGUCGACAUCGUCACCGAAGCCGACAAGGGUGUCGAGAAGAUGGUUUCGACCCGCCUCUCCUCCGCGUUCCCUUCCAUCUCCUUCAUGGGCGAAGAGACAUACAAGCCCGGCAUGAGACUUGGCCCCGAACCGACUUUUGUCGUCGAUCCGAUCGAUGGAACCACAAACUUUGUCCAUUCCUUCCCCUCGGCCUGCAUCUCCCUCGGCCUCGCCGUCGACCGUCAACCCGCCGUCGGAGUCAUCUACAACCCCUGGCAGGACACCCUCUACACGGCUAUCAAGGGCCAAGGCGCCUUCCUCACGCGAGGUCGUUCCUCGGAGCCUCAGCGUCUCCCCCUCGCGCGAUCCCCGAGACCAAUUGAGGGUCUGGGAAGUUCGCUCGUCGGUGUUGAAUGGGGUUCCACGCGCGACGGCCCCAACUUUGACCUCAAGGUCGAGACCUUCCGACGACUGGCCGGCAGCAAGGAAACGGGCGGAGCGAUGGUGCACUCUCUGCGAUCGCUGGGCUCUGCGGCGCUCAACCUCGCCGCUGUGGCAGCAGGACAGCUGGACCUUUACUGGGAAGGUGGAUGCUGGGCGUGGGAUGUGUGCGCCGGAUGGUGUCUGCUGAACGAGGCCGGCGGUCGCAUGGUGCACGGGAACCCGGGGGAGUGGGAUGUAGAGCUCGAGUCGCGCGUGUACCUCGCCGUGAGAGGGGCGCCGAGUGGCCAGAAGGAGCUCAUUGAAGAGUUCUGGGGAGUUCUCAACGGUGGCAAGCUGGAUUACUCCGUCUGA